GAAAAAAUUGACCUUUAUAUAUACACAUUGUGUAGACAGACACAUUUUUUUUAUAUUUGUGUACUCAACUCAUUCAGAUUCUCUUCACACAAUCCCAAAUCUUUGAUCUUUCUAUCACCUUUCUCAGUCUCUGCAAUUCAACUCUCUCCGAUUCAAAUUCGGCAAUGGGAUAUAUAGGGGCUCAUGGUGUUGCUGCGCUGCAUAGAUACAAGUACAGUGGAGUGGAUCAUUCAUAUGUUGCGAAAUAUGUAUUGCAACCCUUUUGGCGUCGAUCUGUUAAUUUUUUCCCACUUUGGAUGCCACCAAAUAUGAUUACCCUUACAGGAUUCAUGUUCUUGGUCAUAUCUGCAUUGCUUGGUUAUAUAUAUUCACCUAAGUUGGAUUCGCCUCCUCCUAGAUGGGUUCAUUUUGCCCAUGGAUUACUUCUCUUCUUAUAUCAGACUUUUGAUGCUGUUGAUGGGAAGCAAGCAAGACGGACAAAUUCAUCAAGUCCAUUGGGAGAGCUUUUUGAUCAUGGAUGUGAUGCACUUGCCUGUGCGUUUGAGGCCUUGGCCUUUGGGAGCACUGCUAUGUGUGGAAGGACUACUUUCUGGUUUUGGGUGAUUUCAGCAGUUCCAUUUUAUUGUGCAACAUGGGAGCACUAUUUCACCAAUACCCUUAUUUUGCCUGCAAUAAAUGGGCCUACGGAGGGUCUGAUGCUGAUAUAUCUGGUCCAUUUCUUUACAGCUAUAGUUGGUGCUGAGUGGUGGGCUCAACAAUUUGGAAAGUCUCUGCCAUUUUUGAGUUGGGUUCCAGUGGUAAAUGAAAUCCCAACAAACAGAGCUACGCUGGUUCUAAUGAUAGCUUUUGCUGUUCUUCCAACGAUCUCAUUCAAUGUGUACAAUGUUUAUAAGGUUGUUCAGGCAAGGAAAGGAAGCAUGCUACUGGCUUUGGCAAUGCUUUACCCAUUUGCAGUGCUCUUGGUGGGAGUUGUGGUGUGGGAUUAUUUGUCUCCAUAUGAUAUAACUGGGAACUAUCCACAUUUGGUUAUAGUGGGUACUGGACUCGCAUUUGGGUUUCUUGUGGGGAGGAUGAUUCUGGCUCACUUGUGUGAUGAACCCAAGGGCUUAAAAACUAACAUGUGCAUGUCUUUAUUGUAUCUUCCCUUCGCUAUUGCAAAUAGUCUCACUGCCUGGCUGAAUGAUGGAAUUCCUUUAGUUGAUGAGAGAUGGGUUCUUCUUUUGUAUGUUGCGUACACAGUGGCACUCUAUCUGCACUUUGCCACUACAGUCAUUCACGAAAUAACAGCAGCCCUUGGAAUUUACUGUUUCAGGAUUACAAGGAAAGAAGCUUGAGACGUGUUAAAGUUUGUAUUCGGAGUAUAUCCACAUACCAGCGGGCAAGUAGAAGCAAUGCAGCAAAUUCAUGGUCUCUCUGCUUCAAUUUUUGGCUGAAUA